AUGAAGACUGUCCUGGCAUUAGCUUGCCUAGCCUUUGCGCUAGUAGGAGCCUCUGUGGUUUCUCCUAAGUACGUCUACAAAACGCAAAAUGUUGACGCUGAAUUUGUAACAAAGCAGGAAAAGAUCCUCAAGCUUUUCAUUCAUCCCGAGCAAGUGGACCCUGAAGCUGACUACUACAAAGUAGGCAAGGACUACGAUAUUGAGGCUCACAUAAAUGAUUACACUAACAAAAAGGCCGUCCAAGAAUUCUGGGAAUUAUGGAAGUCUGGUUUCAUGCCCAAGAACGUUCCUUUCUCAAUCUUUUACGAAAGACAGAGAGAGGAAGCCGUCGCACUAUUCCACAUUUUCUACUAUGCUAAGGACUUCGAAUCCUUCUACAACAGUGCUGCCUGGGCGCGUGUCCACGUGAACGAAGGACAAUUCCUCUAUGCCUACUACAUUGCUCUUAUCCACCGCACUGAUACUAAGGGUGUAGUCGUACCAGCGCCAUAUGAGAUUUACCCCGAACUUUUCGUAAACUCCAAUGUUUGGCAUAAGAUCUUCCGCAUCAAGAUGCAAAAUGGAAUCUUUACCCCUGACUUUGGAGCUGAAGAUGGCAUUGUUCUUGAAAAUGAUCGCUACGUGGUAUACUCCAACUACUCAGAUUAUUCUUCUUAUUCUGGUGAUGAAUAUAGAAUUUCCUACUUUGUCGAGGAUAUUGGUCUUAAUGCUUACUACUAUUACUUCCACUCCUACUUCCCAUUCUGGAUGGACGGAGACCUCUACCCAACAAUGAAAGAGCGUCGUGGAGAAGUGUACUACUACUUCUACCAACAAUUGUUGGCUCGUUACUACUUAGAGAGACUUUCCAAUGGAUUGGGAGAAAUUCCAGACUUCUCUUGGUGGCAUCCGAUUAAGACCGGAUACAGCCCCUAUGUCAACUAUUACUGGUCAUUUGUGCAAAGGCCUUCUUCCUACCAGAUUCCUGUCGCCAAAAAGUACGAAGAGCUUCAACUUCUUGACACUUACGAGAAAACUUUCAUCCAGUACCUUGAACAAGGCCACUUCAAAGCUUUUAACCAAGAUGUAGAUCUACGCAACAGCAAAUCGGUUAACUUUGUUGGUAACUUCUGGCAAGCUAACGCUGACUGGCACGGUAAGGUUGCUCGUAAAGACAACCACAACUCCUAUGAAGCAACAGCUCGUCGUGUCUUAAGUGCUGCACCAGAACCUGUGGACAAAUACACCUUUGUACCUUCAGCCCUGGACUUCUAUCAGUCAUCACUCCGUGACCCUAUCUUCUACCAAAUGUACAGCAAGAUUUUGAAGUACUUCAUUGAGUACAAGAAGUUCUUGACUCCCUACAACCAGGACCUUUUACACUACGUUGGAGUAAAGAUUAACGACGUUAAAGUUAGCAAACUUGUGACUUACUUCGACUACUAUGACUUCGAUGUAAGCAACAAUGUGUUCUUCACCAAGGAUGAGCUGAAAUCUGGACAGUACCCAUGGUAUGUCGUCCGUCAACCUCGUCUUAACCACAAGCUAUUCACUGUUACUGUUGACGUUAAAUCUGACGUUGAAGGUGAUGCUGUUCUAAAAAUGUUCGUUGGACCCAAAUAUGACAGCAAGGGCUACCCCAUCAGCCUGGAAGAUAACUGGCAGAACUUCGUUGAAUUGGACUGGUCUGUACAAAAGUUAGUUAAGGGACAGAACAAGAUUGAGCGCGUCUCUAACGAAUUCUUCUUCUACAAGGAGGACUCAGUACCCGUACGUGAUAUCCUUAAGCAAUUGCCUGAGGGUAAAGUACCUACAGAUAUGUCUAUUGAAUCCGGUGCUAUGCCUAAGAGGUUGUUAUUACCUAAGGGUACCAAGGGAGGUUUCCCAUACCAACUAUACGUUAUUGUUUACCCCUACGUCCCAAUUGAGAAGAAAUUCGAAUCUAUCAAGACAUUCGUUUCGGACAACAAACCCUUCGGCUAUCCAUUCGACCGUCCAGUAAACGAGAUUUACUUCAAACAACCAAACAUGUUCUUCGAGGAUGUGGAAGUUUAUCACGAAGGAGAAGAAUUCGCCUACAAGUACAAUAUUCCUAAUCUUUCAAUUCACCACAAUGAAGUAGUUAAACAC